AGUCAUCUUUCAACAAUCAAUCUUAUCCAUAUUUUGUUUCAGCCCACAGCUGCUGCCUAUAUUAAUCUCCUUGUGCUAUUCAACUCCCCCCCACCCCUCUUAUUUCUUCUAUUUACAUAAUAUUAAUAUUCUCGUUCAUGCAGUCCCGCACACUUUCACCUUCACUCAAUCACAAUACCCAUUCAUCUCCUAAAUCACCUCUAUCAAGAUUACGUCGCAUGCUAUCUCCAAGGACACCAGACCAGCCUUCUCUUUCUCCUCCUAUAAACUCUACUACUGCCACUUCCAUCAGCAGCGAGCUUCAAAGGGUCUUCGACUACUUCGAUGAGAAUAGAGAUGGAAAGAUAUCAGCUGCCGAGUUGCAGAGGUGCGUCAGGGCAGUUGGAGGAGAACUCUCUACUGAGGAUGCAGAGGCUGCAGUCAUCUCAGCUGAUACGGAUGGGGACUGCCUUUUGGGAUUUGAGGAUUUCCAAAGGCUGAUGGAGGGAAGCAACUCGGAGGAGGAGAAGAAGGAAGAGCUUAGACAAGCUUUUGGGAUGUAUGAGACGGAGCCAGGCUCUGGUUUCAUUUCCCCUGCCAGUUUAAAGAGAAUGCUCAGUCGAUUAGGCGACUCUAAGUCCCUUACCGACUGCAGCCAAAUGAUUCGUACUUUUGACAUUAAUGGGGAUGGCCUCCUUAGCUUCCACGAGUUCUCUCUCAUGAUGCGCUAAAUUCAUAUUUCCUUGUAUGUCGUGUACAGUUAUAUAUUUUCCUUUUUCCUUUUUUGGAAAUUCAUUGCUAACGACAAUCAUAGUCGCUGUCUCUGUCUCUGUCUCUGUCUGUCUGUAAAUAGCAGUGCCUUCCACUGAUAAACUAAUGUGAUCUUGGGGAAAUGUCGUUCAUCGACACAUGCCA